AUGUUCGUCAACGUCGAUAGUCCGCCAAAGCGACCCCCUGGUGCGCCCAGUGAGGAGUGUGACACGCUUGCACAAACUCAUCGGCCCCAGUGCUCUCAGGAAAGGCAGGACUCUCCUGAUACAUCCCUCUUAUCGCGAGCUCCCAUAGUGAUGUGCGGUGGAGGCCUCAGUGUUCUCGGCGGUCUAGUUCCGCUGAGUGCAGGGUCCUGUGGGAGUCACAGCCCAGUCACAGGCGGUGGGGAGUACUCUUCCUCUCCAGUGAUCUCUCCUCAUGGACCGCCUGGAUUCGCCUCGUCACAGCAGUCGACAUGUAGCAGCUCUGAGACAUACAAAGGGCUGUUACUGUUCUCCCCUGACGCCUUGAGGGUCGCUAGUCCGAGUCGGAAAGAUAAAGUUACGGAUGCAACAGAAGAUAGAGCAGUAGUGCGUCACGCUGACUUUGUAGAUAAGGUGUGCCAGAGGGUCUGGACUGACUAUUGCAUACCGGCGAAUCGAAACGGCAUCGGUCCGGACGAUUUCGCGGAGAUUCGAGCUACAGCUAUGUGGUACUGUCAUCUGUUCUACGCGGUGCACAGUUUGAAGCGGUACGGCUGGCGACCAGUAGUGUUAGCGGCGACAUUCCUUGCGUUCAAGUCGUGCGAGAGGUCUCCGAUACGCUUGCGGAUGAAUCAACUUCUUGAUUGCUAUGAGAAGCUCGAGAGACAGUCGCGAUAUACCAGUCAGCGAGCACUUCAGAAGAUGGCGCAGGAUGUUUGCGAAAUGGAAGAAGCCAUAAUGUGUUUGACAGGAUUCGAGUUUGAUUUGAAUCUCCCACAUAAACACGUGGGCUCGAUAGUGAAGAGCAUCACAGGCGAUGGAGAGCUCAGAAAGAGACUACAGCAGAAGGCUGUAGCAUUUCUCAAUGAAGCUUUCAGGGGAAGGUCUGUUCUGUUCUAUCCUGGGGACGUACUUGCGUUUGCGGCAGUGAGCGAAGCGGCUGCAGCUGUGCUGGAACGAGACUCCGCGAGUGCUGUUGACAUCAGAAGGAAGCUCUUCCGUCCGGGGUUUGAUGUCGCUGCGGUUGUUGCCGCAAUGCACUCACAUGAGCAUCCGGUCGCCCGCAGAAGGAGGGCAGACAGCUCGAGUUCGGUCAGCGGUAACCAGAGCGGAUCUAGUGUGGCUGCGUGCAGUCCAUCUGCUGCAGUGGAGGGAACCUCUUUGAAAUUCGGCUCGCAGGCUUCAACUGCAGCAAUUUCAACUCCGAUGAAGCGUAAACGCUUCGAUGAAGAGCCGUCAUCCGAACCAUCGACACUCACUGCGUUAGACCUGGCCCUGUCGAGGGAGAUGCCACCCGCGCAGUGUACUAGAGCUGCUAUUGCAAGGCGAAGGAUGCUGCUGAUGGGCGGCGAGGCUGCGGGCAACACUCGUGGAGAGAACGUUAGAGACAGUGGGAUAGUUCUUAGAGAUAUCCCACUGACGGCCCCAGCAGCGCCACGCAAGCGCGGGUCGAGAUCGUCUAGCACUGUGAAUGUGGUAGAAGCAGGAGAGAAUGGUUGCAUUCGGGCGAGUCCGUCGACGUCACCGACCAAGCGUCACAGAAUAACAGUUAUCUGAGGGACUUUGCUAGUAUGAAGGCAUAAGACCAACGGUAACUCCUAUUCAAUCUCGAUAAGCUAUUUUAUAGUAUUUCAAUGCUUGACCCUCACGAGGAGUUCGUGCUGUCUCCCAUAGUACUUGUUUGUGACCAUUGAAGUCUUCGGCUGGGAUCUGUGGAGAGGACCAGUUUGUCGUUGUCCAGUAGGUUGUCGGUCGCGUAUUUGGUAAUGUAAUUGCGUCAUAAUGGCUGAGGCUUUUCAUAAGUUUGUUUUUUAUAGGAACACGAUUGUUGUAUGAAUAGUAUUAUAACAUCGAACUCGCGUGGGUCGCGUAGUGUGUCCCUCUCGUAGCCUUCAUCCUGAGCUGAUCUGAAAGAGGAAUGGUAUAGUAAUCUAUCGCGAAUCUCCCGUAUACUGUUACCGUUCAUUACACCGGUGUCCGAUGGCUCUAUAGUAUUGACGGCUCUGGGUUGAAGAGGUCGAGACUGUCACCUCUCGUUGGCCCUCCACAUAUUCGUCGUA